GGUUAAGCCGUCGGGCGGGUCGCGGGGCGGAUACUGGGCUAACCACCACCGCCCGAAAAUCAUGGUUGACGGGUCUCGGGUUACCCGCCACCCGUUGACGGGCCAGAAAACCCCAACCACCUGGGCACUUAUAGGGCGGGCUUCGGGUGGAUACCCAGAUUUGGGCCCCGGCCUGCCAUCCCUAAUUCCACCAGUCCGGCAAAACACCUCCGUUGCGGGUCAUUCCGCAUUGGCCGGUGUUUUAAUCGGUGAAAAGAUGUCGAAUUCCCCAUCUCUGAAACCCUAACCCCGAUGGAAUUCCGCACCUCCCUCGUCAUUCUGGUCAACAAGCUCCUCUCCCAUCCCAAUCCUGCAAACAUCCGCCGCUUUUAUCCCUGAAAAGAUGCAAAAUCCCCAUCUCCGAAACCCUAACUCCGAUCAAAUCCCACAACUCCCUCGUCAUUCUGGUCAAGAAGCUCCUCCGCCAUCCCAAUCGUACGAACAUCCGCCCUGCCCAUCACAAUUGGAUCGUCGAUGCACCGAAUUCAGAUUCGGGCCUCCGCUAUGAAGGUUUUACUCAGUUAAUCCAAGAUUGUGGGAAAGGUUCCAAUUGAGGCAAUUUCAGAGAUCCCUGAAGUUCAUGGAGGAUUGAGGCAGUUCGUGAAGGGGGUAGAUUCGAUGACGAGGGCAAGCUAAAUUCCACCGUGAAACCCCUACCCCGAGGGUGCGAAUGUAGGGGAUAAGACGAGUGCGGGGAAAAAGAAGGAGACGACAGCGUUUGGGAAAGGGAACUAUUGUGAUUGUGCAGGUGAUUGAAUGGUUAUAGAUGUUAAUUAUUUUUUAUUUUUUAAAUUGAGAUGUCAUUAAGUUAAUGGUUCACUCAGCAAUUUUAUUUGCCACGUCAUCGAAUAAUUGUUGAAAUUAAUAAAGUUUAAAUUAAAGCUACAAAAUAUCAUAAUUCUCUAUUGCCUACGUGAGUGUGUGUGGAAUGGCGUAGAACUGAACAUUGAAUGAUGUUAGUUGUAACUACAGCACCCUCUCUCUUACUUUAAUUUGAACUCUUUUCUCUACCAUCUCUCUUCUUUUUCUCGGUUCCUUUUUCUGUGUUUUCCAGGAGCUGCCGCCGGCUCCUUUUGGUGACCGGCGGCAGCUCAAGCCCCUCCAUGUUUUUUUUCCUUCUUUUCUUUGUGCUCAUGCUUCUCCUGGUCUUGUUCUAGGUGAUUUUCCUUCGGAUUUCCAGCUUUCCCCUUGCCGUUGUGGCCUUUCAGUUUCCUUUCCAGUCGAGCUUUGUCUCUUCUUUUCCCGUCGAGCUUUGUCUCUUCCUUCGGUUCUUGGUUCUCCUGAUCAAUGUCUGCUCGUUGUAGGAUCCGGAGUUAGCAAUUUGGUGCCUAGUCCAUAUCUGGAUGGUGGUGAUUUUUCUAGGUUGGUGGUUUCAUCCUUUGGUGAAACCAUUCUCUUCUUUCCCAUUUCGACCUGCACUUUGUGUUUGUGUUGCGGGGUGAGCCGUCGGAUCGUGGAGGGUCGGGUCUUCUCCGGAGGUUGUGGUUGGUUAUCGGUGUUUUCUGUGGAGAUUUGUGGCUCCCAUGGGAUCUUCUGCUCUGCUUCAAACAUGAUGUCUCUGCCUCAGUUUCCUCUGCCUCUGCCAGCUUGGAGCAAUCCGUUCAAAUCCUCUUCCACCGCCAUGCAAUCUUGUUUCUAGAAUUCACUGUGAUGGAUGCAUUUGAGUUAUCCCGAGGAGGCGGCAUAUGGUUCAAUCACUAGCCAUGGAUUUCGAGUUGAUCGGACAAGCUGAUUUCGCUCUUGUUGCAUUCUAAGUGGUUGGUUGCAAGAGAGAUUUCUGAUUUACUGGUCUUUUCAAGGGUUCUGUUCUGUUGGAUGGUUGCUGUCAAACUGUGUUGUGUUCUCUGUUCUUGCUUUUGCUUUUGCUUUUCAGGGUUUGAUUGUAAUCGGGUUCCCUUUUCCUUCCUCCUGUUGAAUCAGAAUGUUGGUUGUUGUCUCUUUGUAACUGAUCAGAUAAAAUGCAAUAAAGACUCUCCUUUGUAAAAAAAAAUAUGCUAUUAGUUGUUAGUUGUGUGUCUGUGGCAUAAAAUAAAUAAAGAAAAAUGAAGGCACUAGUUUAAGUCGGUUUCCUCCCAUAUUUGUAACUUAUGGGUAAUAUAUUGUAUUUAGGCAAAGAGAAUCGAACCGUAUAUCUAGCCAUCUAGCCAGAGGCCAGAGCUCAGGCCUUAGUUCUGUGGAACGAAAUCCCUAAUUGGCCCAAUAGUGAAUAUUUAGCCAGAGCUCAGGUCCAGAUCUCACCAACGGCCCAAUUCAUUUUCCAUUUUCCAAUUAAAACAAAAAAGGUGCCAAAUUCCCAAAUUCAAAAUCGAUGUCCCUCCCUCCGGCUCCAUUUCUAUCGCCGGAUACCUUCGACCAUCACUCCUUCCACUCACCGUCGCUGUGGAACAAUGGCCGCCACUGCCGAUGCUAUCUUCUCAACCGUCGCCUCGGACAUCAAAUCCUACUCCGGCAAUGAUCCUCUUCUCCCCUGGCUCCGGGGAGUCAAGAAACUGAGGGAAUCUCUGCCUCCAACUCUGCUUAAAGCGAAGCUUCCUCGCUUCUUGCAGAAAUGCGCUCAGAAAUUCGAUUCCGAUAAGCGCUACAAGAACGAUCCUCGCUAUCUUCGCGUUUGGUUGCAGCUGAUGGAUUAUGUGGAUGAGCCAAGAUUGCUAUUGAGAACCAUGGAGAAGAAUCAGAUUGGGAUGAAGAGGUCAUUGUUUUACCAGGCAUAUGCUUUGUGCUAUGAAAAGAUGAAGAAAUAUGAGGAGGCGGAGAAGAUGUACCAUUUGGGUGUGCAGAACCUUGCUGAGCCUGUGAAUGAGUUGCAAAGAUCGUAUGAACAGUUCCUCCAUCGUAUGCAAAGACACAAGACCAAGAAAUCCCAGAACACCUUAAGAGCUGAUAAAAGACCUAUGUCAGCUGCUGUGAGGACUGAUGAGAACAAUGAGAAUGUAUGCACCACUAAAGCUGAAGGGAAACAGAUUCCAGAUGGAAGAUCUGGAAAUGUGAAGAAGCCUUUGGAGGAAUCUAACCGCCAUGGAUCAAAUGGAAACAGCAGCCGGAAUGGUGGGUUUGAAGUCUAUGUGGAUUCAAACGAGGCCGUUGGUGGAACCAAGCUAUUGAGCAAACCAGAAAAGAAAGAGCCUCUUCAUAUAUUGAUUGACGAUGAAGAGCAACAAGUGGCUGAAUGCUGCGAAGAAGAAGACGAGGAAGAAGAAGACUCCCCUUUCGUGUUCACAUGUCCUCGGGAUCUUUCAGCAUCUGAAGAUGGGUGCUCGAGAUCCCCAAGAAACAAACUUAUGAGGGAGGAUACAGUGGUCCGUCGGUUUGUUGGGUCCACCAUUUUGAAUGAACCAGAAGUGGAGAAUGUUUGUCACCAUGGGUUGGUUGAUCCCACAGUGAACUUGAAGGAAGCCAUGGAAGACAUCAACAACAUGUUUGGGAAGCCCAUAGACUUUGUAAGGGCCAGGAGAACAAGGCAGCCAGCGCAGCAACAACAUGAAGAAGAAGAACAACAACUUGGUGGUGGUGGGUUUUUUAUACUGCCUGAUGAUGAUGAAUCUGAUGGAAGACAAAACCAGCCAAUGAAGAAACAAGAAGAACAACUUGGUGGUGGGUUCUUUAUUCUGCCUGAUGAUGAUGAUGUUGCUGAUCAUAAACAAAACCAUAAAGGCAAGAAGAGGCAAGAAGAAGUUGGCGGGUUCUCGAUAUUGCCGGAUGAUGUCGAUGCUAAUCAUCCUCAACAGAGCAAAAAACCAGCAUCAUCUGACACAAGGGGAUCAGACCUGUUUGAGCCGACUGUAUGCACUAAACAGGCAAUGGAUGACAUUAACAAGUUGUUUGGGAUGCCACUGGACUUUUAGCCCUUAGCAGGGAAACUGGCUUCUUCUCCUUGUUGAAACUAAUUUCAUUUUCUCGAGAUGGUAACAUUUGCCCUUUGUACUACUACUUCUUGUAGAAGCCUUGAAGUCUCAAGUUUAUGAAGAUUAACACUCUGCUGUUUGCCUGUUUGGGAUGCCACUGGAUUCUAUUGACUUUGCAGGCUAUUAAUGGGUUAUAGGGAAUAAUGUAAGGAGGUCAGA